CUUCACCUUCGAUCGACUGAUUCAAAAUGUAUAACGGAGAUGCCAAACCUCAUCCUCAUGGGCAAUGGACCACAGGUCUAUGUGAUUGCUGUGAAGAUCCUGGAAAUUGCUGCCUGACCUGCUGUUGCCCAUGCGUUGCCUUUGGUCAGAGUGCUGAAGUGAUAGACAAAGGAAACACAUCUUGUGCGUGCGCGGGUUUAGUGUUCUAUGUUCUGUCGUACGUAGGAUGCGUGUGCUUGUAUUCGUUUACGUACAGAGGCAAACUGAGAGGGCUUUUUAACUUACCAGAAGAACCCUGCAAUGAUUGCUGCAUUCACUUCUGGUGCACUUCUUGUGCUCUUUGCCAAGAAUACAGAGAGCUCAAAAACCGUGGAAUCCAUCCCUCCUUAGGUUGGACUGGGAAUGAAGAAAACAUGAACAGAGCUACUACUCAAGUGCCUCCAAAAGUUGCACCAGCCAUGACUCGCUAGCUAGCUGGAAUAUUUUCGCACGUCUCUUUGGCGUUUGAUUCCCCUCUUGUCGUUUGUAUGUUUUCUAGUUUGAGCAUCUUUAGAGGACGUGUGUGUAAUUCCUUUAGUUUAUUUCUCCUUUGUAUGUGUGAGCUGUGAAGUAAUUAUUAAUUAUCUU